GUUCGCGCAAGCGCACUUCGCCGGUGCCGGUAGGCGCGUCCGCAUUCUGGCGUCAGACAGGUUAAUAGUUCGCGAGCGCCGGUCUCCUUUGUUCCGUUGUCAUCGUUCUUGGGAUGCCAACCUCUCUGGGCUUCGGUUCGUCCACACCAGGUCUCGCGAGUGUCCUAAAUGGGCCCUGAAAGGGAAAAAUUUGCACACUCGGACACGCCGGCUUGGGCUCUUGCGCAUGUGCAGUGACCCCAAGGCGCGGAGGGCAGCCUCCUGAGUCGCAUCCCGUGUGUGCAGUGCUCUCUCGGAGCGUUGUCCCUGUGCCUGCCUGGCGUCCGGAGGAUGUCUGCCCCGUUUGAGGAGCGUAGUGGGGUGGUUCCGUGCGUCACGCCGUGGGGCCAGUGGUACCAGACCCUGGAGGAGGUGUUCAUUGAAGUCCAGGUGCCCCCGGGCACUCGCGCGCAGGACAUCCAGUGCCGCCUGCAGAGCCGGCAUGUGGCUCUGGCCGUGGGUGGCCGUGAGAUCCUCAAGGGAAAACUGUUUGAUUCUACAAUCGCUGAUGAAGGAACAUGGACUUUGGAGGAUAGAAAAAUGGUCCGCAUUGUCCUGACAAAGACCAAGAGAGACGCUGCAAACUGUUGGACUCUUCUAGAAUCUGAAUAUGCAGCUGAUCCUUGGGUGCAAGACCAAAUGCAGAGAAAACUUACAUUAGAGCGGUUCCAGAAAGAAAAUCCUGGUUUUGACUUCAGUGGAGCAGAAAUCUCAGGGAACUACACAAAGGGUGGACCAGAUUUCUCAAACCUUGAGAAAUGACUGCUAUUCUUUAGUUUUGUUCCAUCUUGUGGAUCCCAGCAGGUGCUGACAACUUAAUGCAGCAGGUGAUAUGAAGAAUGAAAAAUACGGAUGUCUACAGUUAACAUAUUGCACAAUGUAUUUCAGUAUGGUUCUAAAAGAUUCCAUUGAGAGAUGAUUUACAUAGGAGGUGUCCUGUGGCUAGAUGGUAACUUUUCUGGUUCUGCGUUAAGUUUUAUAUGAUACAUUUUACUAAUUUCAUAUUUAAUUGUAUUUUUACUACAAAAGCAUUGGAUUCUAAAUCAUAUGAAAUGAAAAAGUGCCUUCAGGGAUUUUUUUUUUUUUUUCAUUUUUUUGGUGUGAUGCAGGAAUGAUGUUCAGUAAACUUCUGAGUAAGAAUUAUGCGCCCCUUUGUCUAAAUAUGCUAGUCCAUACAGGGAAGUACAGUGCUGGAGAAAGUUUAAGGAAGGACAAAAGUAUACAGAAGAGCUGUGGCUAAUGUGUAGAAAGCUUACAAGUAUUAACGGUUUAAAAAAUCUUGUACUAUUUUUUAAUAAAUCGACAUGAUGUUGUCACCUCAAUCUUUA